CUCAGCUCUGACUAAAUAUUUUGAGCCGCUGACGGCAUCCCGAAACCAAAACGUUAUUUAUGGCCAUGAUUUCGGAUCAAUCAUCAAUCCGCACGCUUUGCUCGUCUCAUCACCAGUCAACUAGUCAACCACGUUGAAUAUGUGACUACUAUAUUGUUUAUUCCCUGUCUAAUAAUGUCUCAAUCUGAAGGCCAAACCUCUUUAUUUGUCCCUGUAGAGAUCGUCCUUCACAUCCUCUCAUAUCUUCAAGAGCAGCCCAUCCGCCAGCACACUCUCUACUCAUGCUGCUUGGUAUCCCGAAUAUGGUACUCAGCUGCGCUCCCUUUACUCUACGAGAAGCCCUAUAUAUCCGGGGCGAACUUCGAUAACUUCGCUCGAGCGGUCUGUCCGUCCGUUCAAGCGUAUGCCCCCAGAGGUGACCUUGGGCGAUUUGUGCGCCGUCUGGAUUUCUCGAACCUAAUCCACAAUCUCACCACUAGCCUAACGACGAGAUUUCUAGGACGAGUUAAGGACAAUGUUGAAAUUUUUAUUGCUCCAGCAAGCGGUUUUUCGACAAUUAACCUCGGCGCUCUUUCCAAAUGCACAAAACUUCGCUCCAUAGAUUUACUACAUGUAAUAAGAAAACUCGAAUUCGAGGCGGUGAAAAAGGCCAUCCAAUAUCUAGAUAAUCUCCGCCGUUUGCGAUUAUCUCGAAGCACAAGCAUAAGUACGGCCGGAAUUCACCUGCCCUGGCCACCAAAUCUCAGAAAGCUUGAAAUCAGCGGAAAACUUGAUGCUGCCACCAUGCACGCAUUCGUCUGGCCGCCGAAAAUCUCCAGCCUAACACUUGCGGGGAACGCCCUCAGAGAGCCAGACGUGAUACCAGCAGUACUGGGCAACCCAUAUUUACGCACCCACUUGAAAAGCCUGAGAAUUCCCUAUGAAAUACAUCACACGCCGGAACAUGCAGAACUGCUUCUUCACUGCAUUCCGAACCUACUAUAUCUUUCGAUCCAGGGAGAUCUGGCCAAGCCCCGCUUCUUUCACACCCUCGCUUCAUUCCCCCAGCCGCUACUGUUAGAAAUCCUCGCCUUGGAACAAUCCCAGGGAUUCCCGGACUUUUCAAAGGAAGAUUUUGUGGACGCACUAGAUGAGGGCUUGAGAAACCUUCGAUUGCUAGGCUUACACGAAUCUCACCCAUCGCGGCUAAGGAGGGUGUCGGAUGAUGAACUUGACGAGCUAUUGCGGUACAGCGCCCGGAGGGCGGGGCAUUCCAUGAAUGAAAUUGAGAGUGGGGAUCUCCCUGUUGGAGUUUAUCAUUUUAGUUGAUCGCUGUUAUAUGGGCCGGACCCUCUGUGUGUAUAUGUAGAUGUUCAGGUGUUUUGGCUACUGAUUUCUUUUUCUUGCAUUUCGAAAGCAAUGACCCUUAUGAAAUGAUCUAUGCGUUUUCGGGAACUUUUAGAUAUUACACUUUAUAGAAGGAGAUUAUCCAUAUGGAAUGGACAACAAGAAAAUAAAUGCUCUACGUUAAUCUUUGACUGUCGCACUAGCUUUGAGAAAAGUUCAUGAUUACGGCUAUUAAAAGGAAGAUCAAUAAAGAGAGUAAAAAAAAAAUAAUCGAAUGCGCAAACUAGAAAUAGGUAGUAAGAGUAGCCAGAAGCGAGAAACGCAUGAAGGGAG